GCUUCCUUUCGAGUUUCGAGUCGAGUAAAUUCAUGCAUUUUGUUGCGUCAGUUCUAAAAAUUAUCUCGUGUAACAGCACAACACUCGAUUAAGUAAUUGUGCAAGUUUAAUCCAUGGCAAAAGGUUAUCUUUUCAUAGUCGGUUUAAUGUGGUAUUAACUUUUACAAUUUCACAUUUCUUUUUUCUAAAAGGCAAGGUCAGUGCGAUGUCUGUUAUGUGUCUAACACCGAUGAGAAUCUUCAAGUGUUUAAAAUGUGAUGUGAAAUUAAUCAGGAUUAUUAUUUGAUUUGUUUUUCGUAAGUGUGGUGUUUUAUUUUUUAUAUUCAGGAUUUUUAUUUGCUGAUGUGUGGAACAAUGGCAACUGUUAAAUUAAGUGCUCAGGAUAAGAAGGACUUAGAUAAAUUCACAAAGUUUUUAGCUUUGAAAUCUGCACAGAUUAUUGUGCAGAGCAGGCUUGGAGAAAAGUCUACACAGUGUAAACCCCAACAAGGCACUGAUUGGUUUAAUAUUGCAAUUCAAGACAUUCCCGAUGUGCUCGCAGAAGCCAAGAAAGCUCUUCUAAACGAAGCAGGCACAGCAAAACUACCAAUAUGUAUAGAAAUAUCAUUAAGAACACUUGAAGGUGAUCAAAUGAUUCUUGAAACUUGGGUUUUGGGUAUAGUGCCAGAACAGUGUGACCCAUUGGUUAGAGUUCAAUAUACUGUUUAUAAUCGUAUGGGUAUUUUGUUAAAAUCACUUGUGUCUGUAACGAGAGUCACACCUGCUUAUAAGUUAUCACGAAGGCAGGGUCCAGAUUCUUAUGUUAUAUACUAUCGAAUAUAUAAAGGAGAGCCACAAGUCCAUAAUUUGGGGGACGGUUCAAAGCAAGUUCGUGUCGGACAACUCUGCACCCCAGUGGGCACCCUGCACAUAAGUGUAGCUUACCGCACCAAGAUGACCAUCUCCCCAACAGCUUCUGGUGGUGUCGCGGUUGCCGGUGGUGCUGGACCGGUUACUGGAAACGGGACGGGCGGCAAUAAUACCAGGGACAACUUAUUGAUGCUGAAAAGCGAUCAUUUCCGAAGAGAUGCCAGCCCGAAGAGGCAGAACACCAGGCUUGGCAGAGUUGUAAAUGAAAAGAAAGUCAUUGAUCUGAAUAAACCGAUGCGACCAGGAGCGUUUGUUGAUGUGUCCAGAGUAAAGAAAUAUACUGAACAAGACUAUUUAUUACCUGAAGAACCUGCUUUUAGUUGGUUACUUACCAAAAAGGAUGAAGUAAAUAACAAAAAGAAUAAGUCACCAGACACAAAUGGUGACUAUGUCAUAAAUGAUAUGUCUGAUGAUAAUUUAGAGUGCCAAAUUGAUGCAAAUUGUUGCAACAAUAAUAAUGAUCCAUGUAACCACAACCACAAUCAGAAUGAUGAUGCUAAUCAUGAUGAUAAGGAUAAAUCUGAUGAUGAUAGCAUGGAACGAACACUUUCUGCAGAGAGUAUGACAAACUGGAAUAGAACCAGUAAAGAUAGUGAUGACAAUGAAGGAAGUCCAAGAACUCAGGAGAAACGAAAAUCAAGGUGGACAUUACCUGUUGAAGAUGAAAAAUUAAUGAAAGAACUUCAUUUUCCAUUUGCCACAACAAGUUCUCCAAUUGGCGACCUAGCCAGGUUCUAUCGUGAAUGCUAUCAUGCUCCACCACUUCAAACAUUCGAUGCACCUGAAAUGAAACCCAUUGAUGCGAUAGGUGAUGUCACCGAACAGUUACAGCAGUUCGAAGUCUCAUUAGGUGAAUUUGAUUCAAUGGUCAGCUCAUUAUGCCAAUCGGGAAAUAACAAUAGUUCUUAAUUAUUUGACUGGUUAUUGAUAGAUAUAAUUAUCUCGGGAAUAUGUGAUGUAUGCACUUAAAUUAAGUGUCAUGUGUUGAGUCAGUUUUUAUAUGAUAAAAAAUGAAUGCUGUUGCAAUAAACCACGUUUUUAAAAUGUGGAUGAUUUAUUAUCAAAUUUAUUGCAAUUUUUAUAUAGAUUAAUAUUAUAUAUGCAAACUUGAGUCAGAUAUUUAUCAAAACAUUAUGAACACAUAUUUGCAGUCAAGAGUAAUAAAUAUUAGCAAGAAUGGUAAUGAAUUUUAAAAUUUUG